AUGUCUUUAUCCCACGAAGAACGACUUGGUCUAGCGGCUAUGGAUCCUGAGCUUGCUGAGUUUCUGAAAACCAAUUCAUUUCCAGACAUAGAUACAUCGGAUCCUAUCAAAGUCAUUGUAGGGUUGCGUAUGUAUAUGAAGAGUCUAUACAAGCCCGCAGGACCAGAUAGCAAAGUCACCGAACGUGAUCUCUUUAUUCUCAAUAGAGACGGCCUUCAACUUCGUGCGUGUGUCUUCGCACCAAAAAAAGCAACUGCAUCGCCCAUGCCGCUGAUUGUGUAUUUCCACGGAGGAGGAUGGACUAUUGGGUCGCCUGAAGACACAGCCCCAUCCUGUCGCUGGAUUGUUGAGAAUCUAGGCGUGAUAUGCAUUGCACCUGGCUAUCGGCAAGGGCCGGAAGAUCCCUUUCCAGCUGGCGUCAAUGACGCUUGGGAUUGGCUGAAAUGGAUCGCUAAACAUGCUGAAUUGGAACUGGGGGUGUCCCUCUCAAAAGGAUUCCUCAUCGGUGGUUCAUCAGCAGGUGGAAACAUGUCAGCGGUCCUGAGCCAUCUCGCUCGUGAUGAAGGCUUGACGCCCUCUAUCACCGGUGCAUUUCUCCUAGCACCGAUGAUCCUUCCUCCCGGCACAAAUGUGAGUCUAUCGGAACAGCAGAAGAGCAAAUAUGUUUCUCGUACCCAAAAGGAAUGCCAAAAGGACCCUGUUCUGUCUCCCGAGCUAGAGAAAAUCUUCCACGAUUCGGUACAGGGAGAUGAACAAUCUCCGAUGUUUGUGCCUUUUAUCUGGCCUUCUGGACACCGUGGGUUGCCCAGAACUUACUUCCAAGUUUGUGGGAUGGAUAUUCUGCGCGAUGAAGAUCUUAUCUAUGAGGAGGUUUUGGCCGAAAAUGGAGUGGAAACCAAACUCGACGUCUAUUCGGGCAUGCCGCAUAUUUUUUGGAGCACUUUUCCUAUGCUGACACAGAGCAAGAAGGCUGCAGCGGACUUCAUGACUGGAAUUAAAUGGCUUUUGAAUAAGGACCAGGAUGACAAUUCUGCAGGGCGAAAUGAUUGA